AUUGGACAUAUCCAAUUAAUAAAUUAUAGUGUAACAAUGAUAAUCUCGUUUUUUUUCUACUUCGACUUUGACUAUUUUUUUCUCAUUAGAAAACAUGCCUCCUCCAAAACAUUCCUAUACUAAGUACAUUACAGUUUUAAAUGAAAAAGCAAAUAAAUUUAAUUAUUUUGCUUUGUGUUGCUAUUGCAAAGCCAAAAUUACAAACACAAAAAGGCUAGUAAUUUCUCAUUUAAAGUCUUGUAAUAAAUUUGAGGAACAGUAUUCCGAAAAUGAAAGAAAUAGAAUACUUUUUCCUGAGAGAUAUGAAGAGAUUCAAGAAAAAGAUCAAACUGAAGGAGAAUCAUCUUUUUCUCAUGAACAAAAUUUUUCUUUUCCCUCUUCCUCUCUAUCACACCAUUCCUCUUUUUCGUCUUCCUCUUUAUCACACCGUUCCUCUUUUUCCGCUUCCUCUUUAUCACAACAUUCACACGAAUUUGAAAUUAGUACUGAAGAAGAAUCUGCUAAUAAAAAAAGAAAAACAAAAAUUACGUACUAUAUGCCUUGGCCAACUCCUCUUUCUAAGCAAGAAUAUACUCAAUGGGAAGAUUUAGUAUUGAAUUCUACUAUAGAUAAUGGGUGGUCAUUUAGAUGGGUUGAAAAUCAAUCAAGUCAAAAAAUGAUUAAUUUUGCAAAUCCAGGAUUGAAAUUACCUAGUCUAAAAGUACUAGCAGGUCUUAUUCUGAAUACAAAUUCAGAACAUAUUAAAAAAUCUUUAAUUGAUACUGCACAAAAAGAUGAACUUGGAGUUACUUUAUGUUUUGAUGGAUGGAAAAAUGUCAAAAAGCAAUAAAUUAUGGGAUCAGUUUUAAUUACUUCUGAUGGACAAGUUUUAGUAUGGGGAGGAGAAGAUAUAAGCAGAAAUCGUGUUCAAUGGGAGGAAAUUAAAGAAUUUACAUUAAAUUUUUUAAGUGAUUUAGAUAAACAGAAUAUCAAAUACAA